AUGACGAUUUGGACAACGGCUGGACCAAGCCUAGACCAGCAAUCCUUCGCUGGCAGCUCUGACUGGAAACUGGCGCCUCUACUGCGGGGCACGACCGAAUUCAAGCCCCUGGAUAAUGUGAGGAAUAUCAUGGUUACCGGUGGCGCGGGAUUCAUCGGUUCCUGGGUUGCUCGACAUCUCGUGCUUACGUAUCCCGAGUCUUACUAUAUUGUCGUCUUCGACAAGCUCGAUUACUGCUCCUCUAUCAACAACAUACGCAUGCUAGAGGCGAUGCCAAACUUUAAGUUUGUUCAUGGCGAUGUGACUUCUGCUGACGACGUAAUGCGCUGUCUCCAUGCCCAUAAAAUCGAUGUGGUCAUCCACUUCGCAGCACAGUCGCAUGUCGACCUUAGCUUCCGGAACUCGUAUUCGUUUAUCAGAGACAAUAUAUAUGGGACGAAUGUGCUGCUCGAGUCGGUCAGACAGUCCGGAAUACGCCGUUUCAUCCAUGUCUCCACGGAUGAAGUGUAUGGAGAAGUUCCUGACGACGGGGAGGAUCUACCAGAAGACAGCAUAUUAGCACCUACGAAUCCAUACUCCGCAAGCAAAGCAGCUGCCGAGAUGAUGAUACUAGCCUACUCCAAGAGCUUCCGACUGCCUGCAAUUGUGGUGCGGUUGAAUAACGUGUACGGACCUCACCAAUUCCCCGAGAAGGUUAUCCCAAAGUUUAUAAGUCUUCUGCAAAGAGGCCAAAAGCUCACGGUCUAUGGAGAUGGAACAAACUCGCGAAGGUACCUUUGGGCAGGAGAUGCCGCCGAUGCUUUCGAUACUAUAUUGCACAAAGGGAGCGUGGGCCAAAUCUAUAACGUUGGCUCGAAGUCCGAGAUCACAAAUCUGGAAUUAUGCGAGAAAGUGCUUAGCAUGUUUGGAAUCACCAAUACGAAGAACUGGAUUGACUUUACGGAGGACCGACCUUUCAACGACCAUCGUUAUGCAACCAGCGGGUCUAAAUUACAAGGCCUCGGAUGGAAGCAGCAGACAUCAUUUGAGGAUGGGUUGCUAAAGACGAUUCAGUGGUAUCGUGAUUUCCCUGAUUGGUGGGGGGAUAUUAAUCAAGUCUUGACAGCAUUCCAUGGAACAGCAAAGACAUCAGUCGGUCACGCAAAGCACACGGGGGCUUUGGCAGGGCAUGCUGGGCAGCAACCAGAUAUGGCACGAGAACAUACGCCGAAUGGAAUAGAGAUGAUUGCACAAUAG